CCAGAGGGCGGCGUAGGUGUGGAGAAAACACCGCGUCGACGGGGAGUUCACCUCCAGUCGCGUUUCUAUUGGUGCCACCCCGCCUCUGCCCCGCCCUGCGGCCCUCCCUUUUCUUCUCUGCCGGGUAAUGGCUGCUUCCAAGACCCAGGGGGCUGUCGUCCGAAUGGAGGAAGACCGUGAUGGGAGCUGCAGCACAGUCGAGGGUAGAGGUUAUGGGGACAGUAAGGAUUGUAUCCUGGAGCCGCUUUCCCUGCCAGAAAGUCCAGGUGGCACCACCACUUUAGAAGGUUCUCCAUCUGUGCCUUGUAUUUUCUGUGAAGAACAUUUUCCUGUGGCUGAACAAGACAAACUUCUGAAGCACAUGAUUAUUGAGCAUAAGAUUGUCAUAGCUGAUAUCAAGUUGGUUGCUGAUUUCCAAAGGUACAUUUUAUAUUGGAGGAAAAGGUUCACUGAACAGCCUAUCACAGAUUUUUGUAGUGUGAUAAGAAUUAAUUCCACGGCUCCAUUUGAAGAACAAGAGAAUUAUUUUCUGUUAUGUGACGUUUUACCAGAAGAUAGAAUUCUUAGAGAAGAGCUUCAGAAGCAGAGACUGAAAGAAAUUCUGGAACAACAGCAGCAAGAACGAAAUGAUACCAAUUUUCAUGGCAUUUGUAUGUUUUGCAAUGAAGAAUUCCUUGGAAACAGAUCUGUUAUUUUGAACCACAUGGCCAGAGAACAUGCUUUCAACAUUGGAUUGCCAGACAACAUUGUAAACUGCAAUGAAUUUUUGUGUACAUUACAGAAAAAGCUUGACAAUUUACAGUGCUUGUACUGUGAGAAGACCUUCAGGGACAAAAAUACACUUAAAGAUCACAUGAGGAAAAAACAGCAUCGUAAGAUUAAUCCUAAGAACAGAGAAUAUGACCGAUUUUAUGUCAUCAAUUAUUUGGAACUUGGAAAAUCAUGGGAAGAAGUUCAGUUGGAAGAUGAUCGGGAGUUGCUGGACCAUCAGGAAGACGACUGGUCUGAUUGGGAAGAACACCCUGCCUCUGCCGUCUGCUUAUUUUGUGAAAAGCAAGCAGAAACAAUUGAGAAAUUGUAUGUCCACAUGGAGGAUGCACAUGAAUUUGAUCUUCUCAAGAUAAAGUCAGAACUUGGAUUAAAUUUCUAUCAGCAAGUGAAACUGGUCAAUUUUAUUCGGAGGCAAGUUCACCAAUGCAGAUGUUAUGGCUGCCAUGUGAAGUUCAAAUCCAAAGCAGACUUAAGAACUCACAUGGAAGAAACUAAACACACUUCGCUGCUCCCUGAUAGAAAGACGUGGGAUCAACUGGAGUAUUAUUUUCCAACCUAUGAAAAUGACACUCUCCUGUGUACACUAUCUGACAGUGAAAGUGAAAGUGACCUGACAGUUCAGGAACAAAAUGAAAAUGUUCCCAUCAUCAGUGAAGAUACAUCUAAACUGUAUGCCUUGAAACAAAGCAGUAUUUUGAACCAGUUGCUACUACAAGAGUGCUUGAAAAACUAGAAGAAACUACCACAGAAACAAUUUUUCAUGUUUUUCUCCUAUAAGACAGACAUGAAAGAAUAAUUUAAAUUUGGACAUCAGCAAAGGAUUAGUCCUUGGUAAAAUAAACUUUUCAAAAAUGAAUGUUCUUUUCAAAAACUAAAGUAGGAAAAUGCACUUACUAAGAACAUGAAAGAAAAUGAAGUAUUUUGGCUAUCAAGUUUUAUUGUGUGAUCAUCUUAAAUGAGCUUAUUUCAUUAAACUCAUAAUUAUCUAUAGAAGAAUAUGCCAAUUACAAAGAAAUGAAAAGUUCAUAUUAUUUAUAAACCUGAUUUUUCUAUCAGUA